AUGCCGAAGGCUCAUGAAGGCUCCAACGGCCUAGACGAUGGCUUCCAUUCAAGCUUGAGCCAAGAGGAUCUAGCAAAACCACUCCUGACCAGCAAUGACACUACGCAUAAACAUGAUCAUGGUCAAGUGGGGUGGAUAGUGAGAGCAGCACAGCGCGUAUCCCCCCAGGGUAACGCCAUCAUGCUAUGGCUCACCAUUCUCAAUGUGGGAUUACUGGUAACCUCCGUUAUUCUCUUAUUCGUGGUACUAUCGCGACAGGCCUGCGUCCAGGACCUGAGCGAUCAAGACAAAUGGAAGUCAACAUCUCAUUACGCACCUCUACUGGACCGUGUGAAUAUUCCAAGAGUUACCUUAACCCCAAAUGCAUCAUUGUACGACACUGAUCCGCCUUCAAUUCUCCGGAUCCCGACAGGGAGUGAAGCCGACGCAGAAUGGUUCCGCAUCGGCACCGGAGUCAUGCCGAUUAUCAUAUCCUCCGAUGAAAUCCACAAACUAGGAAAGGAUCCCUCGGUUGCGGUGAAAAUCCCAGAGGAGCAUGGAUAUGGUGAUGAUGCAUAUAUCGCACAGACAGAGGUGUUCCAUCUCCUUCAUUGUAUUGACAUGCUGCGGAAGGAGAUCUCCUACGAGCAUUAUUAUUAUCCUCGGUUUGGGAACAAUCCGGAUGCGGAACAUAAGGCACAUAUUGGUCAUUGUAUAGAUAUUCUGGCACAGGCCAUCAAAUGCUCAAGUAGCGUGGACGUGAUUCUGUUCAACUGGGUCGAGGGGUGGGACCAGCCAUUCCCUGACUUCAGGAACCAGCAUGUUUGUCGGGACUUUGACACUCUUCUGGCGCAUGUUAAUGAGAAUUCGGUUCCACGCUCAGUGUGGAAAACAAUGAAAGAGCCACCUGCGGGUUACGUGCGCCUGCCGGAACCUGCGCCGGCACGACCAGCCGAACCAGGUGGCACUGUAUGA